AUGACUGUACCUACAUGUAAAUUAACUGUUUAUCCCAAUUCUCAUAGUAUCUUGUCUCUUGUAAGAUUAUAAACAUAAGUUUUUAAACAGUAUAAAGUUUACUAAUUGUAUUAUUUAAUAAUACAAUAAUAAGCCAUUCUAUUAUUUAUGUAUCUUUUUGUUAUUAAUAUAUAAAUGUUUUAUAAAUUUUUAGAAACAACUUUUUAAGACUUUAUUAAUGUUAAAGACCAUGUUUUUAUCACUAUAAAUAAUAGUAAAGUUUAUAUCUAUUUAUGUAGGUUUCUAAUUUUUGCAACUUUAAAUUCGAUUAACCUAAAAUACUGAUCAAAUAAACAAAGGAAUUCAGUGAAUUUAUUAAAUUAAUAAAGAACAUUACAGCUUCUAGAAAUUAAUAAUAUGAUUAAUGUAUUUUUCAUUUAUAUUAUCAAUAUAAAACGAUAGGGUUAGAUAUUAAUUUAGAGAUAAGAAAUAUUUAUACUAGCGUCAUCUAUCAUAUUACUGCUGUAUUAUGGUAAAUAAAUGUGCUAACCUGUGGACAUAAUAUAAAAACAAUGCGAAAAAAUAUCAAUUUUGUUUAAUUAAAAAGUGCAAUUAAAAUGUCAGACGAAUCAGAAUACGAUGUCGAACCAGAAGAAUUUGAUAUUUAUAAACGAAAAUAUCAAUUGUUACUAGAUAGGUGUGAAGUUUUACAACAGAUUUUUAAUUGAUCGUUUGGAUCAACAUGGUGAUCGUUGGCGAGAAGCACCUAUGGGAGUUCUUGAAGAAAACAAUGUAUUUCAAAUAACACCUAAGCCAGAGAAAGGUCCAAAAGCCACCACUCAUAAUUCUAAAGAAGAGAAAACUAAAAAAGGGACAAAACGAAAAGGUGCAAAAACAGAUCCUAAUGCUCCGAAAAGGCCAGCAAACCCAUUUUUUCAAUUCUGUCAGGAGCAAAGACCUCGUGUUAUGGAACGAUUAGCUGGAGAACCAGAACCAAGCAAGCAAGAGCUCACCAGACAACUUGCAACUACUUGGAAAUCUCUUAGUUCAGAAGACAAAAAGGUAUAUUAUGACAUGUAUGAACGAUCCAAAGAAAAAUAUGUUGCCGAAAUGCAAAUUUAUAAUAAAAAAUCGGAAGAUACGCCAAAUCAUAUGUCUUUAAAUAUAACAUAUUUCAUUAGGUAGUGAUCCCAAAAUCUCUAUAAGUGCUUUAUACAUUUGUUCUGCAGUACCUUCAAAGAAUCUGCCACAACCACCAGCAAAAAGUGUAUCACCUCAUGAUCCCAAUGGUGAUGAGUGGUUAGAACUUUUGUUAAGCACACAUUAUUUUGUUGAAUUGCACACGCAACACUCUCAGGAUCCACAGGAUCCACAAUUGCAGCCUCCUGCGAUGCUUCAUCAAUAA